GCUGGGGUUCAUCCUGACUGCAGGCUGCAUCUCGUCCAACAUGGCUGGCCAAGAAGAUCCAGUGCAACGGGAGAUUCACCAAGAUUGGGCAAAUCGAGAGUAUAUAGAAGUCAUUACUAGCAGCAUUAAAAAGAUUGCUGACUUUCUUAAUUCAUUUGAUAUGUCUUGUCGCUCCCGUCUGGCCACCCUCAAUGAGAAGUUGACAGCUUUGGAGAGAAGGAUUGAGUAUAUAGAGGCCAGAGUGACCAAAGGAGAAACCUUAACCUAGAGCAUGGGAAUUCAUCCGGGAGUUGCCUGCCCACCCUCCAUCCUGAACUUUUGGACUAAGUGUGUUGGACACCACCUUCCUUUUUGGGGAUCACGUGGACCAUUUUUAUAUUAUAUUGCAAAGUUCUAUGUUGUUUUGUCUCACGAAACAUUUGUAUAGAAGAUUUGGGUCUGUUUUGGGUAUGAAUGACUCAAGCAUUAUUAUUUGAAAGCAAAUCUAAUCUCCAUAAGUCUUGGUUAAAAAAAAGAAAUAAAUAAAACUUUUAAACUAAGUAAUAGAUAUGAUAUCAGCACCGUUUCAUCACCAAAUCAGAGGUUUUUCAACAAGGGGAAAUUCUUGUGUGCCAAGUUGAACAAAUUAUUGUGUACUCAUCUUUAUUGAGGACUUGUCUGUACAGUAAAUUGUUUGAUGUUUCAGAAUUUAAAUGCUCUAAUAAAUGCUAAACAAUUA